AUGGGUGAACGCUUACCUCUCCUUGGUGGAGAUACAUUGACAUGCAAAAACAAAAAGUCAUCUUCAAGGUUAACCAGGAACCUAUCAUUUAUGCUCAAUGUAGUGACCCUCAUAACUAUAGCCUAUUUGUACUUUUACUCAAAUAAUGCUCGAGAACAAAGAGAACCGGGGUUGCUUGAGUUUGAUCCAUAUAGAAAGAAAAAUGUGAUAAUGAUGGUUACUGAUGGAAUGGGACCUGCCAGUAUGUCUGCAGCUAGGUCAUUCCGUCAAUAUCGAGACCAGUUGGCCAUAAAUGACAUUUUGACGUUGGAAAAGUAUUUUGUCGGAACUUCGAGAACAAGAUCCUCCAACUCGUUGGUGACUGAUUCGGCAGCAGGUGCAACUGCGUUUUCGUGUGCUUUGAAGUCGUAUAAUGGCGCUAUAGGCGUUAGCCCAGAUAAAAGUCCAUGCGGAACUAUCCUUGAAGCCUUGAAAUUGCAAGGUUAUUAUACAGGGUUGGUUGUUACUACAAGAAUCACUGAUGCAACGCCGGCUGCCUUUUCAUCGCACGCAGAUUAUCGAUUCCAAGAAGAUUUGAUAGCACAACAUCAAAUUGGCGAAUAUCCCUUUGGACGUGCAGUUGAUUUAAUUCUAGGAGGAGGAAGAUGCCACUUUUUACCAAAAUCGGUUUCGGGUGGUUGCAGAGCUGAUUCUCGUAAUUUGAUAGAAGAAACCGCAAAGAAUGGUUGGUCGCACGUUACCAAUAGAGAAGAGUUUGAUAGAUUGGAUGGUGGAAAGAAUGUUAGUUUGCCACUUUUGGGAUUAUUGGCGGAAACCGACAUACCAUAUGACAUAGAUCGUGACUCUGCCGAGUACCCAUCAUUGGCUGAGCAAGUUAAAGUGGCAUUGACUGCUUUGUCUGAAGCUACCAAGGACUCGGAUCAGGGUUUCUUUUUGUUGAUUGAAGGAUCAAGAAUAGACCAUGCAGGACAUCAUAAUGAUCCGGCUGCUCAGGUGAGGGAAGUUUUAGCUUACGAUAAAGCAUUUCAAGAAGUUAUCAACUUCAUUGACAACACUGACGUUGAAACGGUAGCAAUAUCUACUAGUGAUCACGAGACUGGCGGGUUAGUUACUGCUCGACAGGUGACCGAAGCGUACCCCGACUAUUUAUGGUAUCCUGAAGUAUUAUUGAAUACAACCAAAUCCGGUGAAUACUUGGCUAGAAAAAUACAUCAACAAAAGCUAAAGAGCAGCGGUGAUAAUGUGUUAAGAAAAUUUAUAAAAGAGGAAAUCUUGCAAUCUGAUAUGGGUAUCUUUUCCUAUACAGAUGAGGAUGUUGCGCAAUUAGUUGAAAAAGCAUCAAAUCCAGAGGCUUUGUUAUAUGCUAUAAAUAACAUCACCUCCUUUAAAGCCCAAAUUGGUUGGACCACACAUGGUCACUCAGCAGUAGAUGUCAAUAUAUAUGCUCAUACAAAUUCAAAGUCGAUCUUGGAUAGAUUGAGUUCCAAGAAAUUUGGACUUUUUGGGAAUCAUGAGAAUAUUGAGAUUGGCGCUUUUAUGGAAACAAUAACCGGUUCUGACUUAACCAAAAUAACCAAAAUGAUUAAAGAAACUACUCAUGCCCCAAGUGCCAACGAAGUAUUUGUUGUUGAUGAGCUCCAUGCAAAUGUUGUGAAAGAUAUGCCACUAGGAAGCACUUGA